GGAGACCGAAGUCACAACUCCGGGGUGAACUCACUUUAUGCGAGUUUAGUCAGUUUCUAUGUGCAUAACUCAUUAUCAGAUGCAAACCAGCUAGACCAACACUCUGCUUCGCAGACUUCCUACUACGGUCGCUUACCUUUGGUCUUCUUCCCCGAGUCAUUGAUGAUUAUCUCUAAUGCCUACCAUACGGCAUCACCUAGACUUGCAUCUGUACUAGCCUCAGUCGUCAUUUGUCUUUCUAUAAUUUCUGUUGCAUUCCCACGCCUCAUAUGUUGUUUCCCCAUUCCAUUUUGUGUCCGCUCAUCUGUUCGCUUCCCUCUACCAGUUCCAAUACCCUUCGUCAAAUCCAGCACGCAUCCAUUUGAUUCUUGUAUCCUAUUCUGCCUGUCGGCUCUUCGAAACGGGUCAACUCGCCUGGUAGCUAGUCUCACUCCAGCUAAUCCACGUUUGACAGGAUCCAGCUUUCACAUUCUUCCCAACAUGCCUCCUGUAUCUCUUGUGGCUCUUUUCCCCGGCCAGGCCGGACAGUUCGAUACCUCCAUAAUGCCUGCCCCUGCCUGCAACCACCACAGGGGAUCAUUCGUCGUUGACUUGUGGCGAUGAUAUGAUGCAGAGCACGAUCGCAUCAAGCAACACAUCGUGCAGAGCCUUCUCCUGAUACUCAACCAGCUAGUGGCGUGGCACGGAACAUCAAUACUAGAAAUUU